CUUGAACCUCCUUAUUUCUGCUUCCCUGAGUGACUGGUGAGUAUCUGGCGAGUCACGGAGCGAGUGGUGAUGUGCGUGUGUCCAACCAUGAUGAGUAGCGAGUGAAAUAUAUGCUGCUAUUACUGUUGCUGCUAAGAUAGAAAAAUGGCAUCAGUGAGACAAAAGAAGAAACAAAACUUGAAAGCCACGAGGGAAGAGGAGAAGGAAGAGGAGAUGAAGCCCGAGAAGAAAGAGGAGGAGGAGAAGAGUCCCAAGAAGAGGAAAGCAGAGGAGGAGGAGGAUUCAGGAAUGGAAGUCAGUGAGGACACAAAACCUUCCCGGCCGUUCUUCCCGCCAGCUAAGAAAGAGAAACUGCAGCUGAGUGAGAUGAGGAAGAUUCCCGUCCCCAAUAACAGGUACACUCCCCUCAAGGACAACUGGGAGAAGGUGUACACGCCACUGGUUGAACACCUCAAGCUGGAGGUUCGCUUCAAUCUCAAGACAAAGAAUGUGGAAAUCAGGACUGGCAAGGAGACUGAAGACCCCAACAGCAUCCAGAAGGCAGCCGACUUUGUGACGGCUUUCGUGUAUGGCUUUGAUGUGGAGGACUCCCUUGCCCUCAUCAGGCUGGACGACCUGUACCUGGAGACCUUUGACAUCAAGGACGUGAAACAGACGCUGCAGGGGGACCACCUGUCACGAGCCAUUGGGCGGGUGGCUGGCAAGGGAGGCAAGACGCGCUUCACCAUCGAGAAUGCCACUCGGACCCGCAUUGUGCUGGCUGACUCCAGGGUGCACAUCCUCGGAUCCUACCAGAACAUUCAGAUUGCAAGGAGAGCAAUCUGUAACCUAAUUCUUGGGAGUCCGCCUUCCAAAGUGUACGGAAACUUGAAAGCAUUUGCCGAGAAGGUUCGAGAUCGAUUCUGACGACCUUGGGGAUGAAGAGGAGGAAGAGGAAGCAAGGGGGAUACUGAUGGAAACAUUGUAUCAGAAGGAGGAAGGGAGGAAGGAAAGGAAAUUUAUCUAUCUAUCUAUAUAUUAGGCUGGCGGUAUCAACAGGGUGGGCCAGACAAAGCACUAUGUUGGAAAGGGAUAGUUUCAUGGAAUGUAUUAUUAUAAUGCUAGACUUGUGUUGUGGUGGGAUACAUUAAGUAAAGUGUUGUUAUCUAA